CACAGUUAUCAUUUUCACGUCCUGCUCCGUGUUGUUUAAAUAGCAAAUGCAUUUGCACCCAUUUGUUUCGGGCACCCAUGGGCAUGCUGGUCUGAAAACGAGGUGUGUUCAGGCACAUUGUUGGCGGGAUUAAAUUACACUCAAAAUGAUUAACAAAUGCAUGCACAAUUAUCCAUGAACUUGAUAAAUGUUGCAGAAAUGUUUUAUGAUUCACAACCAAAUGCCUUUCAACUUGUCUGUGCAAAAUUCAGAAUUAAAUAAAUGUGCAGCAGUUUGUACAAAUAGACAUUUUUUGUGAAUACAAAUGUUUUCUUUUGUAUUAGUGUAUAUCAUCAUUUGCACAAGCAACAAAGAAGAUGUGCAUUUAUGGAUCAGGUGACACGCGUGCAUUCAUUGACGCUGUUUCUGAGUUGAUCUCAUUUGAUUCAUUUGGAUUUUGAGACUUUCUUUUCACGGCUUUCAAGCAUUUCACAACCCACACACAAACAACUACCUACCAAUGAGGUAUGGUGCUAAUUAUUAAUAUGUGCUCAUUACUACCUGUUUAUUUGACAAUUUCACAAAUGUGCGUUACUAAAUUUAAACUAAUACUUUACAACAUUGACCAGAGGCUUCAGAGCCUUUGUGCUCUAUUUUAACAAUCUAGGCGCAUGAAGUCAAGAGUCACAUUUAAUAAAUGACCACAUUAUGUUGUUUACAAUAUAAGUGAAGGCAAUCCUUAGUAGGUGGCAAAUUUUGUUGAUUUUGGUCAUUUGACAUUUGGGUGUGGGUGAAUUACUCUCAUAAGGAGAUGUUUAAACCCUGCCAAAGUCCUCUGUGGAAAUAAGUGUUUAUGUGGACAGUUUCCAUUGAUCUUGUAAAGAUGUGAAGGAAGGGGGCUGCUCAAGGGUCCAGGAUUAUAUAUAGCACAAGCAGCAUCAAUAACUCACCAUCAUCUUCACUCUCGCCUCUGAAGACUCACACAUCAACCCUGAACCUUCAGCAUCAAUGAAGCUCAUUGUGUCUCUGAGUGGACUCCUGCUGCACUUUCUGCUUCUUCACUGGACAGAAAGUGUGGAGGAAGAGAAAGUGAACCUUACAUCUCUUACCAAAAUAAUUGACUUCUUUAAGCAGAACUACACGAUCAAAACCGCAGAAGGAUAUUCUAAGCCGUAUGCUGUAGCCAUCAAUGUCCCGAAGAAUCAAUGUAAUGGGAGCUUUGAUCCUUCGACCUUCCUGACUCGGGAGAACACAACAAAUGUGACAGAUGCCAUUUAUAACAAUAGCAGAUUUUACAAGGGUAAUGAGCUCAUAGCAGUAGGACCUCGUUCUUUAAAUGAUUGCAAAAUUAAUCCAGUGUCUGAACUGCUCACAAAUGGAUUUGAAGAACUUUUAAAACGUAGAAAUGACAGCUGUGUUGUCUUCUACAGUGUCUGCUGUAUAUACAUUAACAUUGAACCAGCCCUUGAAACCUUGAAAAAUCACAGUGGGAUUAAAGCCUUUGUCUUCAGUGAAGUCUAUGGGGUUGAUGAAAAUGUCCAUCAAUGCUCAAUGCACAUAAAGUACUGUGCACAAAACUGUAAAGAGAUUGUGAAAUAUGUUCCCUUCUAUCGCUGUAAACAACACUGUGUCAAAGCAAUGUGAACACCAGCAGUGAUGAACAACCUUGUCAAGGAAUGAUUUCCCCAUCUAUGUUCUCAACAAGUUCUCAACAAGUCAACAAGUUCUCAAACGUUUCUUUAUUUACUCUACUCUAAGUAUAUGAAAUGCAGCUCAUUUUGAUGCUGAUAGUGUUUAAUGUAGCUGAAGUUUUUACUAGUGUAAAAAAAGCUGAGAGAGGGAAAGUUGUUUAGAAGACUCACUGUAAGUCAGUUUGCUUGUACUGUAUUUAGAUGACAGCUGUCUUGUAAUAAUCAAUAUAUAUAUAUAUAUAUAUAUAUAUAUAUAUAUAUACUGGAUUACUGCAUGAUGAAAA